AGCAACUCCUCCCCCUCGGCCUGUCAUCACCACGGGAGAAGCGUCCUCCUCCGUGUGGAGCCGGUUCCUCUGGGUGACUUUUCACAGUCCGGUGGCCCGACGGGACUCAGCGGUCACGGCCGGCAGCAUGACGCACCCCAGCCCCCCGAACCCCGGCUACAGCCCCAACAGCGCUGCCCCGGGGCCGGUCCUCACGCAGACUGACUCCAGGGACAAGUGGAGCAAAAAGAUGGAUUUUCUCUUGUCUGUCAUUGGUUUUGCAGUGGACCUGGGUAAUGUUUGGAGAUUUCCCUACAUAUGUUAUCAAAACGGUGGAGGUGCUUUCCUGAUUCCCUACAUUUUGAUGGCCAUCUUUGGUGGUGUUCCACUCUUUUACAUGGAGCUAGCACUGGGACAAUUCCACAGAACUGGAGCCAUAUCGAUAUGGAAACACAUCUGUCCCAUUUUCAAAGGUAUAGGAUAUGCUAUAUGCAUCAUCGCUCUGUAUGUGUCUUUCUACUACAACACCAUCAUCGCCUGGGCCCUCUUCUACUUCUACUCCUCAUUCUCCAGCAUCUUGCCUUGGACAAACUGUGACAACGUGUGGAACACCCCCGACUGCACCAACUAUUUUGGGAUGAACAACGUGACUUGGACGAAUUCCUCAAGGUCUCCGGCAGAGGAAUUUUACACGAGAAACGUUCUUGAGAUCCACAAGUCAUCAGGGUUGAGAGAUGUCGGGGGUGUUCGCUGGCAGCUGAUGCUUUGCCUAUUUCUCAUUUUCACUAUCGUAUACUUCAGCCUCUGGAAGGGUGUGAAGACUUCAGGAAAGGUUGUAUGGGUGACUGCCACCCUGCCUUAUAUUGUACUCUUCAUCUUGUUAAUUCGAGGGGCCACUUUGCCAGGAGCUUGGAGAGGUGUGGUCUUUUACCUAAAACCUCAGUGGGGAAAGCUGUUGGAAACCAGUGUUUGGGUGGACGCGGCUGCUCAGAUAUUCUUCUCUCUGGGCCCCGGGUUUGGAGUCCUCCUGGCUCUGUCCAGCUACAACCCUUUCACAAAUAACUGCUAUCGUGACGCCAUCGUGACCAGUUUGGUUAAUUGUCUGACCAGCUUUGUGUCUGGCUUUGUAAUAUUCACGGUGCUGGGCUACAUGGCCGAGAUGAGGCAGGUGGAGGUCGAGGACGUUGCCAGAGAUAAAGGACCCAGUUUACUUUUCAUCACGUACCCAGAGGCAAUUGCGAACAUGAUGGGCUCAACCUUUUUUGCGAUUAUCUUUUUUGUCAUGAUGAUCACCCUGGGACUGGACAGCACGUUUGGAGGGCUGGAGGCCAUCAUCACCGCCGUGAUGGAUGAAUACCCUGAUCAUCUCUAUCACAGACGUGAACUUUUCGUUCUGUGCUUGGUAGUUAUUUGUUUUUUAGGCUCUCUGAGCACACUCACAAAUGGAGGCGCUUAUGUGGUGAAGCUGCUGGAGGAAUUUGGAGUUGGAUGCUCCAUUAUUGCAGUAGGUUUCCUGGAGGCCAUCGCAGUUUCCUGGUUUUAUGGUAUCAAUAGAUUUAGCAAUGAUGUUCAGGCAAUGCUGGGCAAAGCUCCGGGAUUAUUCUGGAGGGUGUGCUGGGUCGCCAUCAGUCCAGCAUUUCUGGCGUAUAUUAUAGUGAGCUCCUUCCUGAAAGCGCCGCCUCUCACGCUCUUUGACUAUAAGUACCCAGACUGGAGCAUCACAGUGGGGUACUUUAUCGGCUUUUCAUCCUUCAUGUGUAUCCCCAUCUAUAUGGUCUACAAGCUUGUGUGGACCCCUGGUUCUCUGAAACAGAGGUUGGCGGUAUGCCUAAGACCAGAGAGGACCCUUCCUGACAUCCACACCGACAGUCUCAACAUGGUUAUUGUACCUUAAAGACAUAAAUACCUCCGUGUGCUUGUGAAUUCCCAUUCAAAUAACAAGUUACAUGUGAUCAAACCUCAGCGUCAUCUGACAUCAUGACUGUUCACCUGUUAAUGAUGUUGACCUUUUCAGUUAACUUUCUGCUGCUACAUUUGUAAUGCUAAAAGGGCCCGAGACAGCAGUUCUCAUAUCUUAUGUGGUUUGGACCUACGUUAUUGAGACAGUUUAUAGCUUUUUCAUAUUGCUAUUUUCAAGUGUGAGUUUUGUGGUUGUAGGAGUCAGUGGUUCCAUGAUCUGUCAGUGUUUAUCUUACAAAAACACAAUGCCACAGACAAUAAAAAUGCAUAUUUUUAAAUGUAAAUGUAAUUUAUACAGCAUGGGAACAUUUUAUUUAAUAUUUUCUCUACUGUGUGAAAUGUGGAUGAAAUCAGCUCCGCAUGCUGAACCACAUAGUGACGAUGACAAAAUUGCAACAUAUGACUAUCAGCCCUUUUCAAUACUAAACUAAUCAUAGAAAAAGUAUAUUGCAUCUAAUUUCAGAGUAAAAGCAACCAAACAGUUAUUUGAAGUAUUAUAUUAUAAUGUAGAGGUCAGUAAUUCAGUUAUUGAGGUGGAUUUCAUGAUAGAUGCCGAUAUAUCUGUAAACGAACAACCAAAAGAGGAUGCUUUCCUCUUUUGUGUAUCCUGCAAGUGAUAAGUGAAGCAGGCAGAAAAAGACAAAGAACUAUAAUGUUUUAACCAAAUUUUUUACAAGGUAUUGUGUCACAAACAAACCCAAUAUCCUCUUCUUUCAUUAAACAAUUUUAGCAAAGCCUUUUUAUGACUGUGCUCCAUCUUAGUCCUUGAAAUGAAAAAUGUUUGUUCUUCAUUUGCUGGCUUUAUUGAACUCCAGUCAGACAGUUUUGCCUUAAUCUGAAAUCAUGUAUAAACCUGGUCAAGGUGGUGUUGAUAUUGUUCCUCUCCAAAAGACACUCUAACUGAAGACUGUUCAGAUGUUUUUUGCAGAUAUAGUAUGUAUUAGUCACAAACGUUAACUUAUUUUAAAGCUUCACCUAUACUUACGUUCAGAAGAGAUAUGUGAUAAUUAUUGUGUCCUCCUCAACAUGGUUUCUAUAAAGAUCCAUAUAAAGUGAAUUUGACCAA